AAACAUCAAAAGAAAACAAGAUUUUGACGUUAGUUUUAGGUAUUCUGCAUUUGGAAUGAACUUUUUAAUUCUGAAACAAUAAUACCAAACAACAAAAAUGAGUACGAGUGACGAACCAAUAUUUGAUAAUAAAGAUGAGGAAAUUUUGUACUGGAAGCAUUUGGCUGCAGAAUAUCGACAAGAAGCCCAGAGAAUACAGAAAGAAUCUGAUGAAUUUAUAGUGGAAUCUCAACAAUUGGACCGAGAAUAUGAAGCAACUAUAGACCAAGAUGAAAAAAAGAUUAAAGAACUGACAUUAGCAAAUAACAAAGCUCAGAAUGAAAUUGAAUCGUUAAGAAACAAACUAGAACAAAGUAAUAAAGAAAUAGGUAGUUUACAAAAUGAAGUACAGAAUUUAAAGACAGAGAAACUACAGAUGUCCCAGUAUAUUAGAGAUUUAGAACAGAAAAAUGAUGAUCUAGAAAGGGCCAGAAGAAUUAUAGAAGAAAGUAUAGCAGGUAUAGAAACAGCCUUUAAUUCUGCAGUGGAAAGAAAUGCUAUAUUAGAAUCAGAAGUUGAUGAAAAAGAAGGCCUGAAAGAAAAGUUGCAGAGAUUAGCGGAUGAAACUAGAGAUUUAAAACAAGAACUUUCAGUUAAAGAAAAAGAAAGGGGACCUGACAACGAACGUAUAUUGAACGGUUUUCAAAAGACCAUUAUGGAUUCAAAUCGACUCAAAGAAAAUGAGACCCAAACCACCCCAGCAAAACAUGAUUAUCAAGCUCCCAUAUCACCAGCAUCGAGGGUUAUGGCAUUGAAUAUUGUUAGUGACCUUAUUAGGAAGAUUGGAGUAAGUAACAUCUUGCAAACUGUUGUGGGA